GGAACACAGCAUGUCUCCCCAUUUCACAAAUGAUCGUAAAUCCUUUAUUUCACGAAAUAACACUCGAUAACUCGGUAAGCCAGCAUGUGGAUCUACUGACCGAGUCUGGUAUUCCGGCUCAAAAUACCGCGAUACCCAAUUCCAUCCAUCGUGCACUCGUUGCCGAAUCCAUAUCGUCAGACAUGGAUAUAUCUAUAUCAGAUAUUUCACAAGGUCUACACAAACCUCCAUCUACUCUGACACCAUCCGAUAUUUCCACUCCAGUCCAGGCACCGAUUCAUGCUACCAAACAUGAAUCACCCCUUACACUCAUAUUUGAAGCCGUGCGAGUGUUGGAUGAGGAAAGACAAAGAUCCAAAGAUCAAACUCAUAGUGUACCUUUUGUGUCAACCUCGUCUCAACAGCAGACAACCCCAACAGUAUGCACAACACCACUUCAAUCCAAUGUACUCACUGUAGAUCAGUUUCUAUCAGUUGAACCUAUUGCUUUGGACAAUCAAGAAAGAGAUGAAUUGGUGCAAGGAAUAGGUGAGAUGACACAUAUAGGGUAAAUCAAAUCACUUGGUAAACACAACUCGAACAACCAUUUGGAACUAUUGCAUGCAACAAUGACAAGCACUUUGAUCUAAAACUCCAACUAUCAGAGUAAACUGUAUUCUUUAAAACAAUGCUAGAUCCGCUGUAUACUACAUGCAAUACAAAGUAACGCGAAAGUAUUACAAUCGUAUUCACAU